AUGUCGAAACCAGGUCCCAAAACCCGUCGGCUCUUCACUUUUCAAGAACACUGCUUCAUCGAAAACAUCGCCAUCCGCCACAAUGGCCAUCUCCUCCUAACCACCUUCCGCGAAGGCGAACUCUACAACGUCGACCCAGAUGCUUCAUCGCCAGAACCCCAACUCGUCGCCCGUCUUCCCGACGUCAACGCUCUAACCGGCAUCGUCGAAAUCGCCCCUGAUGUUUGGGCCGUCGCGGGUGGGAUGCACGCGCCGCAACCUUUCGUCUUCGACAACGGCACCAUGAAAGUCUUCCGCGUGGAUCUAAAUACUGGGAUCGAGAACCCAUCAGUCGAGAAAGUUGCGGAUGCACCUGAUGCGCCGCUCCUGAACGGGAUGUGUGGCGUCGAGGAGAAUCCGCAUAUUCUGUUGAGUGUCGAUUCGCAUGGCAAAGUGUGGAGAAUCGAUACCAAGACCGGCAAAGUCGACGCACCGCUCGAGCAUGCGAAUCUGGCGCCUAGCGAGGCGGCGGAGAGGUUGCCCAUCGGCGCGAACGGCGCGAAGACGCUGGAUGGGUAUCUGUACUGGACGAAUUCGGGACGGGAGACGUUUUGUCGGGUGAAGAUCGAUGGGGAGGGUGUUCCACAGGGAGAGGUGGAGGUUGUGGCGAAGAACGAGGGUGCUGGGAAGAUGAUUGCGUAUGAUGAUUUUGAUUUCGAUCGGACGACGGGGGUCGCGUAUCUCACGCAGCAUGGGAAUGCAGUGCAUAAGGUGGAUCAGGAGGGGAAGUUGGAAGUUUUUGCGGGUGGUGGGGAGGAUAGGACGUUCGAGGAGCCUACGGCGUUGGCGGUGAGUAAAGAUGGGAAGAGGAUGUUCGUGGCUUGUGCUGGGAAGAUGGGGGAGUUUAAGGGGAAUGUGAUCGAGGUUGAGGUUUGA